CACUGACUUGCAGACACAGAUGAAUGAGAAGCUUGUGAAGUGAGUCUGAUAUCAAGCAACAUGCCUCAAACGUGGACACAGCUAGGGUCGUUCAUGGCCUCAGUGAUGUUCAUAUCCGCCAUGUUCACGCGCUUAUUCCCCCCUGCUCUUCAAGCCCAUCUCAAAAUGUACACCAAGAAGUUCUUCUCCUUGGUGUACCCUUACAUCAGAAUCACCUUUCACGAAUUCACAGGUGAAAGACUCAUGAAGAGUGAGGCCUACACUUCCAUCAAAAUCUACCUCAGUGAACACUCUUCACAAAGAGCCACAAAGCUCAAAGGUGAAGUGGUUAAAGUGAAAGACACAAGCACCCCUUUAAUCCUUAGCAUGGAUGACAACGAAGAAAUCAUAGAAGAGUUCCAAGGAGUGAAAGUUUGGUGGGGUUCUUAUAAAAUCACCCCAAGAACAAACACCUUCUCUUGGUACCCUUUUUCAGAUGAGAAAAGGUACUACAAGCUCACCUUCCACAAGCGCUAUAGAACCCUCAUCACUGAGUCUUACCUCAAACACUUGUUCGAAGAAGCAAAGGCUAUUGAGAUCAAGAAUAGGCAACUCAAGCUUUACACUAACAACAAGACAAGGUGGAGUCAUGUGGUUUUUGAGCAUCCUGCAACUUUUGACACACUUGCAAUGAAGCCAAAGAUGAAAGAGGAUAUCAUCAAUGACCUUGUGAGGUUCAAAAGUGGGAAAGAUUACUAUGCCAAAGUUGGUAAGGCUUGGAAGAGAGGGUACUUGCUGUAUGGUCCUCCAGGUACCGGGAAAUCAACCAUGAUUGCUGCUAUGGCUAAUUUCAUGAACUAUGAUGUGUAUGAUCUUGAGUUGACAGCAGUGAAGGACAAUUCAGAUUUGAGGAAAUUGUUGAUCAACACUUCAAGUAAGGCAAUUAUAGUGAUUGAGGACAUUGAUUGCUCGCUUGAUCUAACAGGUCAAAGGAAGAAGAAAACGGAAAAAGUUAAGGGAAAAGAAAAGAGUUCUACUAAAAGGGGUGAUGAGGAUGAUGAUGAUGAUGUCGGGAGUAAGGUAACACUUUCUGGACUGUUGAAUGUUGUAGAUGGGAUUUGGUCAGCUUGUGGAGGAGAGAGGAUCAUGAUUUUCACAACAAACUUUGUGGAGAAGCUUGAUCCUGCUUUGAUUAGGAGAGGGAGGAUGGAUAAGCACAUAGAGUUGACCUAUUGUUGCUAUGAAACAUUCAAGGUGCUUGCAAAGAACUACUUGAAUGUUGAGUCUCAUCACUUGUUUUCUAGAAUAGAGAAGUUGUUGGAGGAGACUAAGAUGACACCUGCUGAUGUUGCUGAGAAUCUCAUGCCAAAAUCACUGGAUGAAGAAGUGGAAUCUAACUUGCAUAGUUUGAUUCAAGCUCUUGAGAUAUCCAAGGAGGAUGCAGAGAAAAAGAAGGCUGAGACAGAAAGGAAGGAAUCUAAUGUACAAGAGAGUAAAGCUAGUGACAAACUUGGUGAAGGAAUGGAAGAAAAUGGUAUCAUCAAUUAGUAAAUUGUUUCUCUAUUAUUGAGUGCUCUUACUUGGAAAUUUGGAAUAAUAAGUGAUAUCUAUGUAUUCCAUCUUUAAUUGACUUGUACAUUCUAUGCAGAAUUUGAACAUCUAUUAUUGUCCCUAUGUUUGAAUAUUCUCUUGGGCAUACAAAUAAUAUUCAGGAUCAUGUUGUUCAAA